AUGACUGAUGACCAGAAAGACAAAGCUUCUGGCGAAAAGGUUACAAAUGUGACAGAAGGUGAAGUUGGACCUGUUGGAAUGGUUCGGCCUGAAAUGGUAGAUAUGGCGCGACGUUUCAUGAUGAUACCAAAAAUUCAACAAACACCGCUGAUACAACAGAAACAAUUCUUGCUUCAAAAAGGUUUACGAGAAGAUGAAAUUAACGAGGCAAUGAAAGGAUUACCAUUACUGCAAAAUAUGUGGCAUAUCAAUAAUACAGCCAUGGAGCAUGAAGCCACACUUGGUUCAUCGUAUGAUUUUUCAACUAAGUCAUGGGGAAUUAAUACUUGGUUGCGGAUAACAAAAUAUGCAAUGAUUAUUACGGGUUUUUCAUAUGUCAGUUGGAAUUUUUUACAUUCAUACGUUUUGCCACGUUUCUUCAAUAUUCCGGAACCAGUUGAAAAAAGGAUUGAUGCAAUUGAAAGAAAGGUCAGUGAAAUGCAAGGAAUGAUGGGGGAUGUAACGACCGAGUUGCUUCUAAAAUUACAAACGGUCAUUGACAAACAAAGUAUCACAGAUCGUUUUACAUUUCAAAGCGGUACUGGUUCAUCAACGCUUGAUGACUUAAAGAAGAGUGUCGAGACAAUAAGUGCAAUGCUUGCGAGCAAGGAGCAGCUGUUACCAAUUCGAACACUAGCUAGAAAACGUAGCGCAAUAAAUUCUCGUUUAUUUCUACGAGCUGAGGAUCGAAGCGAAUCUAAUCCUAAUAACGAACACUCAGAAGAGACAUUAAUAUCAGCACUGCCAGAAGAACAUAAUGGUAUGCAAGCAGAGAGCAGUACUUCUCGCUGUGGUUCGUAG